AUGCAAGAAAUUGUGGACGAAUCUGCAGAUAUCGAGAUCCGACGCGAAUCCCAGCACAAUCCGGGUCACCAGCCUGAUUGUGCCGAGACAAUGUAUAAGAUCAGCUUUGGUCAGAUUUAUCUGAGUAAGCCAAUGAUGACAGAGUCAGAUGGUGAUAGAGCUACAUUGUUUCCAAAGGCAGCAAGACUGAGGAAUCUUACGUAUUCUGCACCACUGUAUGUUGAUGUAUCAAAGAAGGCUAUAAUGAAAGGGCAUGAUGGUGAAGAAAUCACAGAAACUGAAAAUUUUGAUAAGGUCUUCAUUGGAAAGGUUCCUAUAAUGCUGCGGUCAAGUUACUGUACACUGUAUCAGAAUUCUGAAAAGGACUUGACUGAGCUUGGUGAGUGUCCUUAUGAUCAACGUGGAUAUUUCAUUAUCAAUGGGAGUGAAAAGGUUCUGAUUGCUCAAGAGAAGAUGAGCACCAAUCAUGUAUAUGUGUUUAAGAAGAGACAACCGAAUACAUAUGCUUAUGUGGCAGAAGUUCGCUCAAUGACAGAAUCUCAGAAUAGAGCACCAAGUACCAUGUUUGUCAAGAUGCUUUCUCGGACUAGUGCCAAAGGGGGAUCCUCUGGUCUAUAUAUUCGCGCUACCCUUCCAUAUACCCGGGUUGAUAUUCCUAUCAUUAUCGUGUUUCGAGCACUGGGAUUUGUUGCUGAUAAAGAUAUAUUAGAACACAUUUGUUAUGAUUUUGCUGAUACUCAAAUGAUGGAGUUGUUAAGACCAUCACUAGAAGAAGCAUUUGUUAUACAAAGUCAAGAAGUUGCACUAGAUUUCAUUGGGAAAAGAAGUGCCCCUGCUGGUUCCACGCAAAAGAAGAGAAUAAAGCGUGCCCGUGAUAUUCUACAAAAAGAAAUGCUUCCUCAUGUUGGGGUUGGAGAGUAUUGUGAAACAAAGAAAGCAUACUACUUUGGUUAUAUCAUCCACCGUCUUCUGUUAUGUGUUCUUGGUCGGAGGGCUGAGGAUGAUAGGGAUCAUUAUGGCAACAAAAGGCUGGAUCUUGCUGGUCCAUUGCUUGGGAGCCUAUUUAGAAUGCACUUUCGGCAGUUAACAAGAGAUGUAAGAGUAUAUGUUCAGAAGUGUGUAAACAAGGGGAAGGAUAUUAAUCUACAAUUUGCAAUUAAAGCAAACACAAUAACAAAUGGGCUUAAAUAUUCCAUUGCUACUGGGAAUUGGGGGAAGGCAAAUGCAGCUGGAACUAGGGCUGGUGUUUCACAGGUGUUGAAUCGCCUCACAUAUGCAUCUACAUUGUCACAUUUACGAAGAGUAAAUUCACCUAUAGGACGUGAAGGAAAAUUGGCAAAACCAAGGCAGCUGCAUAACUCACAAUGGGGAAUGAUGUGUCCUGCAGAAACCCCUGAAGGGCAGGCAUGUGGACUGGUGAAGAAUCUUGCAUUGAUGGUUUACAUUACUGUUGGAUCAGCUGCAUCCCCGAUUCUAGAGUUUUUGGAAGAAUGGGGUACAGAAAAUCUUGAGAAAGACAUCCAAAAUCUGCAACAAAGGGAAACCCCAGAAGAUGGUGGGUGGCAUGAUCUUGUAUCAAAUGGAUUCAUUGAGUAUAUCGAUACUCAAGAGGAAGAGACCACUAUGAUUUCCAUGACCAUUAAUGAUCUAGUAAGUGCGAGGGAAAAUCCAGGUGAAUCUUAUUCAGACACUUACACACAUUGUGAAAUCCAUCCAUCCUUGAUUUUGGGUGUUUGUGCCUCAAUUAUACCAUUUCCUGACCACAAUCAGUCUCCACGUAAUACGUAUCAAUCAGCCAUGGGUAAGCAAGCGAUGGGAAUUUAUGUCACUAACUUCCAGUUCCGUAUGGAUACAUUGGCGUAUGUUCUAUACUAUCCUCAAAAACCACUUGUAACUACUCGAGCAAUGGAGCAUUUGCACUUCCGAGAGCUUCCAGCUGGCAUCAAUGCAAUUGUGGCAAUUGCCUGUUAUUCCGGAUACAACCAAGAAGAUUCUGUUAUCAUGAACCAGUCCUCAAUAGACCGUGGCUUCUUCAGAUCACUCUUCUUCCGUUCUUACAGGGACGAAGAGAAGAAGAUGGGGACACUUGUGAAGGAAGAUUUUUGUCGUCCGGAUAGAUCUAACACCUUGGGUAUGCGACAUGGUUCUUAUGAUAAAUUGGAUAAUGAUGGUCUUGCUCCUCCGGGGACACGAGUCGGUGGCGAGGAUGUGAUUAUCGGGAAAACAACACCAAUUGCUCAAGAUGAUACUGAAGGGCAAUCUUCCAGAUACACUCGUCGUGAUCUCAGUACAAGCUUACGUCACAGUGAAAAUGGAAUGGUUGAUCAGGUGCUGCUGACAACAAAUGCUGAUGGGUUGAAGUUUGUGAAAGUGAGGGUGAGGUCAGUGAGGAUACCUCAAAUUGGAGAUAAGUUUAGCAGUAGACAUGGUCAAAAGGGAACAGUUGGGAUGACUUACACGCAAGAAGACAUGCCAUGGACUGUGGAGGGAAUCACUCCUGAUAUCAUUGUGAAUCCUCAUGCUAUUCCUUCUCGCAUGACAAUUGGUCAACUCAUUGAGUGUAUUAUGGGCAAAGUUGCUGCUCAUAUGGGGAAAGAAGGAGACGCCACUCCCUUCACUGAUGUCGCUGUGGAUAACAUCAGCAGGGCUCUUCACAGGUGCGGUUACCAAAUGUGUGGGUUUGAGACCAUGUACAACGGUCACACGGGCCGACGGCUAACCGCGAUGAUAUUCAUGGGGCCCACUUACUACCAAAGACUGAAACAUAUGGUUGACGACAAGAUCCAUUCACGUGGACGCGGUCCCGUCCAGAUCCUGACCCGCCAACCCGCGGAGGGCCGGUCACGUGACGGUGGGCUCCGGUUUGGUGAAAUGGAGCGUGACUGCAUGAUUGCUCAUGGUGCGGCCCAUUUCCUUAAAGAACGGCUCUUUGACCAGAGUGACACAUAUCGGGUUCAUGUCUGUGAGCGCUGUGGCUUGAUUGCAAUUGCUAAUCUUAAAAAGAAUUCGUUUGAGUGCAGAAGCUGCAAGAAUAGAACUGAUAUUGUUCAGGUGCAUAUUCCGUAUGCGUGUAAGUUGUUGUUCCAGGAGCUGAUGGCUAUGGCAAUUGCGCCUUGGAUGCUUACCAAAGAUGUGAAGCAAGUCAAAGAUAACAUUACCAAGAAGAAAGGGGCUUGA